AGCCCCAGAAUGCUUAUUAAGUAACCCUGUGGGGCUUAUCUUGCAAAAAGCGUGCGCCCGCCUGAUUCCCCUCCCUGCAGCCUUCUUCUGUUUGGGAGGUGAAAAUGCGGAAGUUUCCACCCAGAAAACCGCUGCCAAGAGAGGGGAUGAGGCUCGUGCUGACAUCUGCUGCUCGCGAGCUAGAGCAGAAGUUGCCACACUUGGUGGAUGCCUUCUCCGCGGCCGCAGUAAAACUGGAAUAAACUUCCAUGGCGACUCUGCCGGCAGCGGAGAGGAGAGCUUUUGCUCUGAAAAUCAACAGACACUCCUCAGCAGAAAUCCGGCGCCACUUCAGCGGGACCUAUGCCUCUCCACAGAACACCCUUCACCAGCGCCACAGCUCCAGUAACUCUGGAUCCUUCAUCUUCAACAUUCCCCAGUUCUACGACGCGGUGGAGCCCCUGGACCUGGAGGACUUCCUGAUGACGCAGCUGCAGAGCGGAGACUCCGCCCUCAUGCAGGAGCUCGGCGAUUUCCCCGACGACCAGCUGGACGUGGAGCUGCUGGAGAGGGAGUGUCGGACGGUGCACCACUCCGAACCUGAGACAGGGGUGGAGCUGGACCCUCAUGUCAGAGACUGUGUGCAGAGCUACACUCAACCCUGGCUGGUUGUCAGCAGGAGGUGCCAGGGAGACGGGUGGGGCGCCUACUCCGAUAGGGCGGGGCUUCACAAGCUGCUGCAGAAGCAGACCUUCGAGACCGACGUCCAACCAGAGAAGCAGGAAACGCCGGUGAAGUCGCCCUCCCUGGCGGUGCUGUGCGAUGACUCCGCCCGCACGCUGACAUCAUCAGACUUCGACCUGCGAGGCCUGCACCCCGACGCUCGCGUGGAGAGCCUACUGCGCUUCAGUAACCCUGACGACCUGGACCGCUUCAACCAGGAGACCCGCCAGUCCAACCGCCACCCCGAAAUCUUCGCCCUGUACCCGCCUGGGGAUGAGGACGAUGCCGUGGAAAUUCGCCCAAUCCCCGACUGUCCCAAGGAGCACUUCGGGCACAGGAUCCACGUCAAGUGCCAAACCAUAAAGUUUGAGAUCGACAUAGAGCCUCUCUUUGCAACCCUGGCCCUGUACGAUCUGAAAGAGAAGAAGAAGAUCUCCGAAAACUUCUACUGCGACCUGAACUCGGAUCAGAUGAGGGGGCACCUGCGGUCCCACACCCCCCAAAUAGACCCCUCCACCAUGGCCAGAGCGGCCAUUUUCUCCAUAACCUACCCCUCUCCUGACAUAUACCUGGUCAUCAAGAUCGAGAAGGUCCUCCAGCAGGGGGAGAUCAGCGACUGCGCCGAGCCCUACCUGGUGAUGAAGGAGAGCGACGGCCCCAAGAACAAAGACAAGCUGGAGAAGUUGCGCUCCCAAUCCGAGUCGUUCUGUCAGAGACUGGGCCGGUACCGCAUGCCCCUGGCCUGGGCCACCGUCAACAUCAUGAACGUCAUCAGCACGGCGACUCUGGACCGAGAGCCCGCCGACCCCGACGGCAUGAACGGGCGGAGCAGCAUCGACAGGCGGGGCAACCUGCCCAGGAGGAACUCGGAGCGCUUCGGCUGUCUGGAGGACCAGUACAACCUGUCAGGAUUCAAACCCGCAACCAUCACCAUCAGCACCUUCUGCAAGCAGGAGGGCGAUCGCCUUAGCGAUGAAGACUUGUUCAAGUUCCUGGCCGACAUCAAGAGGUACUCGUCCCUGCAGAGAAGAAUUAAGACCAUAUCAGGCACCAUUAAACUGGACCUGACCCCCGCCCCGGACGUCCUGCCCGCCUGCCUGUCCUCCGAGCUGAUUCCCGUCAGGCCGCUGGCCGAGAAGCAAGUGCGGCCCGUCAAAGAGGUGCUGGAGUUCGCGUCCCGCGAGGUCUACGUCCCGCACAGCAUCUACAGGAACUUUCUCUACGUCUACCCCCAAAGACUGAACUUUGUGAACCGGCUGACGUCAGUCAGGAACAUCACCAUCAAAAUCCAGUUCAUGAGCGGAGAAGAUCCCAGCUGUGCCUUGCCGGUCAUUUUUGGAAAAUCGAGCGGUCCCGAGUUCUUAAGCGAAGUCUACACGCCAGUCACGUACCACAACAAGUCCCCGGACUUCUACGAGGAGGUGAAGAUUCGGCUCCCGGCCAAGCUGACGGACAGACACCACCUCCUCUUCACCUUUUACCACAUCAGCUGCCAGUCCAAGCAGAACCAGGCCGGCAACGUGGAGAAUCUGAUCGGCUACUCCUGGCUCCCCAUGGUGAAUAACGACCAGCUGCAGACGGGACAGUACUGCCUCCCCAUCGCUCUGGAACGGCUUCCUCCAAACUACUCUCUCCAGUCCCCAGAGAAGGCGUCCCCUCAGGUGGCAUCAGUGAAGUGGAUGGAGGGUCAUAAGGGCGUGUUCAAUCUGGAGCUGCAGGCCGUGUCGUCCGUACACACGCAGGACAAGCACCUGCAGCGCUUCUUCACGCUGUGCCACGCCCUGGACGGGCAGGUGUCCUUCCCCAUCCGCGUGCAGGAGGAGAAGGUCCCGGAGGCCAAGCUGGAGCACGAGCUGAAGCUGAGCAUCAUCUCCCUGUCCUCCUCCUGCCUGGAGCCGAUGGUGCUCUUCCUGCACCAGGUCCUGGACAAGCUCUUCAGGCUCAUCCUGCAGCCCAUGGUCAUCGCCGGGCAGACCGCUAACCUGGGACAGAUCGCGUUUGAAUCCGUGGUGUCAAUAGUCAACAGCCUCCACAACAGCCAGGAACUGGCUAAGGACCAGCAAGGAAGGAACUGUCUCCUAGCAACAUACCUUUACUAUGUGUUCCGUCUGCCAGACACCCACCGUGAGACACAGGGCACAGGUGUGGGAGGGUCCCAGCAGCCCCCAGAGGUGCGCUAUAACACGCUGGGUCGGACGUCGGCCAUGACGGUGGGCAGCAGGCUGCUGAUGUCACGCAUCCGCAGCACCAGCAACCCCGAUAUCCCUGCCCCCCCGAGCGCUGACGAAGAGGUGGACAGCAUCCUGUCCGGCAAGUCCUCAAAUCACCCUGCCAACCGCAUGUCCACUGUACCUGACGUCGCCGGCUAUUUCCAAAAUGCAAGACCUGCAAAUAAAAAGCAGUUUCACGAGGAGCUGGCUCUGCAGAUGGUGGUCAGCACCGGUGUGUGCAGGGAACAUGCCUACAAAUACGCCUGGUUCUUCUUUGAGCUGCUGGUGAAGAGCAUGGCCCAGUACGUGUCUCUCAUGGAGAAGCACGGCGUCCCGCGUAAGGGACGCUUCUCAGACCGGUUCAAAGAUGACAUCACCACCAUCGUGAGCGUGGUGACCGCAGAGAUCGGAACCAUCCUGGUCAAACAGCAGAAGGAAGUGGACCAGGCAGAAAAGGUCAACAUCAGCCUGGCCUUCUUCCUGUACGACCUGCUGUCACUCAUGGACCGAGGCUUCGUAUUCCAGCUGGUGAAGAACUACUGUAAUCAGAUGUCGGCGAAGAGCGUGUCCAUGCCCACCCUGAUCACCAUGCGCCUGGAGUUCCUGCGGAUCCUGUGCAGCCACGAGCAUUACCUGAACCUCAGCCUCUUUUUCACUAACCCCUCCUCCGCGCCCGCCUCCCCCUGUCCGUCAAUCUCCUCACAGGCCUCCAGCUCCUGCUCCAGUUUCCAGGAUCAGAAGAUCUGCGGCAUGUUUGAGCUCUCUCCCGAGUUCAAGCAGCAGCACUACCUGACCGGCCUGCUGCUGACCGAGCUCAGCGCUGCGCUGGACAUGGAGUCUGAGGGGGGGAAGGUGCAGAGGAAGGCCAUUAACGCCACGCACAGCCUCCUCUGCGCCCACGACCUGGACCACCGCUGCACCCGCCCGGACGUGCGGGCCAAGAUCGCUGCUCUCUACCUCCCCCUGGUGGGCAUCAUCAUCGACUCCCUCAACCACCUGGACUUCACAGUGGCAGAGUCCCGUGGCGGGAAAGGGAAAGCGGGCGGGCCGGAGGACGAACUCGAAAACGUCACGCCCAUCAAUCAGUCUGUCGCCCUGGCGAUUGCAGGCAACCCCUUCAACACAUUGGCAAGAAACGCCCUGGCAUCCAUGGCCUCUGUGACUGGGAAGGCCAGUGCUACGCUGAGCGCGGAGACCAGCCGGAACCUGCUGCUCUGCUUCCUGUGGGUGAUGAAGAACGUGGACCAGGGCCUGGUGCAGAAGUGGACCGUGGAAAUGCCCGCCUCCCAGCUCAAUCGCCUGCUGGAGCUGCUGACUAUCUGCGCAUCCUGCUUCGAGUAUCGGGGGAAGCAGUGCUCAGAUAAGGUCAGCACACAGGCCCUGCAGAAGUCCCAGCAGGCGAAGGCCCGCCUGGAGGAGGCGCUGUUGGGCGGGAUGGGAGCCCGCGGGGAGAUGAUGAAGAGAGUGGGCGGUAAUGACCGGACCAUCGGUCAGAGGGAGAACCUGCGAUGGAGGAAAGACCUCACUCAGUGGCGACAGACCAAUGACAGACACGACAAAACGAAAGCGGAGCUUGACCAGGAAGCCCUCGUCAGUGGCAAUCUGGCCACAGAGGCUAACCUGAUCAUUCUGGACCUGCUGGAGACCAUUGUACAGGGCGUGUCCCUGGCGGACUGUAAGGACAACGUUGUGGGCGGAGUCCUGCGGGUGCUCCUGCACUCUCUCUCCUGCAACCAGAGCACCAGCUUCCUCUCUCACUGCUUCAGCUCGCUCAGAGCACUCAUCGUCAAGUUCGGGGACCUGCUCUUCGAAGAGGAGGCGGAGCAGUGCGCAGACCUGUGUCAGAAGGUGCUCCAGUACUGCAGCAGCUGCGUGGACGGCAACCGCAGCCAGGCCUGCGCAACACUCUACCUCAUCAUGAGAUACAGCUACAGCUCAGCUAGCAACUUCUCGCGGGUGAAGAUGCAGGUGACCAUGUCUCUGGCGUCUCUGGUGGGGAAGUCGUCAGAUUUCCACGAGGAGUACCUGCGCCGCUCGCUCCGCACCAUCCUGGCCUACGCAGAGGAGGAUACGGAGAUGCAGCCCACACAGCUGCCCUCUCAGGUGGACGAGCUGCUCCGGAACCUGAACAGCAUCUUGUCAGACACAGUGAAGAUGAGGGAGUUCCAGGAGGACCCAGAGAUGCUCAUGGACCUCAUGUACAGAAUAGCGAAGGGGUACCAGACGUCUCCGGACCUGCGGCUCACCUGGCUGCAGAACAUGGCGGAGAAGCACAACACCAGGAAGUGCUACACCGAGUCGGCCAUGUGCCUGGUGCACGGCGCCGCCCUGGUGGCUGAGUACCUGAGCAUGCUGGAGGACCACAGCUACCUGCCUGUGGGCAGCGUCACCUUUCAGAAUAUUUCGUCCAACGUGCUGGAGGAGUCGGCCGUGUCGGACGACAUCCUGUCCCCAGACGAGGACGGGGUGUGCUCCGGGCGCUACUUCACCGAGAACGGGCUGGUGGGCCUGCUGGAGCAGGCCGCUGAGCUUUUCAGCAACGGCCAGCUGUUUGAGAUGGUGAACGAGGUUUACAAAGUCAUCAUCCCCAUCCUGGAGGCGCACAGGGACUUCCGGAAGCUGGCCUCCACGCACGACAAGCUCCAGAGAGCCUUCGAGAGCAUCAAUCAGAAGGGACACAAGCGCAUGUUUGGAACCUACUUUCGGGUCGGUUUCUACGGCAGCAAGUUUGGAGAUCUGGACGAGCGGGAAUUCAUCUACAAGGAACCAGGGAUAACCCAUCUUCCAGAAAUCUCUCACCGACUAGAGAACUUCUACAGCCAGUGUUUCGGAGAGGACGCGCUCGAGAUGAUCAAGGACUCCACCCCUGUGGACAGGAACAAGCUGAACCCCAACAAGGCUUAUAUCCAGAUCACCUACGUGGAGCCCUACUUCGACGACUACGAGAUGAAGGACCGGCUGACCAACUUCGAGAAGAGCUUCAACCUGCGUCGCUUCAUGUACACCACGCCCUUCACCAAGAGCGGCCGGCCUCGGGGGGAGCUGAGCGAGCAGUACAAGAGGAAGACCAUCCUCACCACCAUGCACGCCUUCCCCUACAUCAAGACCCGCAUCAACGUCAUCCAGAAAGAGGAGUUCGACCUGACGCCCAUAGAGGUCGCCAUCGAGGACAUGCAGAAGAAGACUCGGGAGCUCGCCGUGGCAACCCACCGCGAACGGCCUGACGCCAAGAUGCUGCAAAUGCUGCUGCAGGGGUCUGUGGGGGCCACUGUCAAUCAGGGACCCCUGGAGGUGGCCCAAGUUUUCCUGAACGAGAUUCCUGCAGACCCCAGACUCUUCCGCCACCACAACAAACUGCGUCUCUGCUUCAAAGAGUUCAUCACGCGGUGCGGAGAGGCGGUGGAGAAGAACAAGCACCUGAUCGCGGCGGACCAAAAGGAGUACCAGCAGGAACUGAAGAAGAACUACAACAAACUGCGGGAGAACCUGAGGCCCAUGCUGGAGAGGAAGAUCCCUGACCUGUACAGGCCAAUCAUCAAGCCCCGCAUCGAGAGCAGGGAUUCCUUCAAGCGGCUGAGUUUCAGACGAGCUGCAGAGGAAAACUCCUGAGGAAAAGCUGCGAAGAAACAAGAAAUGACUCGCUACGGUACAUUCUCUGCCCUCUCGUCCAAAACAAAAAGCACGCCUUUUUGGGGUGACAGCGCCACAGGGGCACAGGAACGGGGUCCAGACCCCAAAAACAUCUUAAGCAUUUCGGUACUGAACCCGUGCAGGCUGAGGGGGGAAAGGGUCGGCGGUGUCGUCCUUCUGUGGCAGGCCGCGUUCCGUGCCUCUCUGCUCGUGCUCCAGAGCCCUGCUCUGCGUCUCCAGCUCUGACGUUCAUUGGAGAAGGCAAUGCUUGUUACAGAUGAAAAACGAAGGGACCGAGGAGGGCAAUAAUGGUUUACAGAAGUUCCCAAAUUCAUUUUACUCGCCUCCUCCUUCUCUCUCUUAUUUUUUUUUCCCCCUCAACUCAUUUACAGCAAGGUGGCCAUUUUGAGUGGCAGGCUUCCAGAAACUGUGCAUUUGAAACGAUGGUUGGCUCUUUCAUGCGUUCGAAAUUAAGGGUGAUGAGGUGUGACUGAAUUCUUUUUUAAUAGCAGUGCAUAAAUUGAGCUUUUUGAUGUGGGUAUGCUGGAAAUAUACCAGGAGAAAUGCAAGGGCCCUGCAAGGCUCACGAGUGCCAAAUCUGAAACACAUGGAAUUAUCAAUACUGUAAUUUUAAAUUUACAGUCAUACUUAGUUCUUGUCCACCCUCAAGCUGUGUCUUAUUAGAUGCACAAUAAGCAUGCACCAUGUUCAACUAAUUAAAACCAUUUCAGUUUUUUCUUUUUAAACUGUGGUCAGUAAAAUAUUAUUUUUAUUUAGACUGAAUAAAUGUACAUUUUUAAAAGUAUGAGAAAGCUUAGAAUCUGUAACAAAAGUGAGAGAUAAGGACACGCAUGUGUAAAUUAAUUUUUGUUAACUUAUGGAUCGUCUGUCCAGUAUAUAAACAUAUCACAGUCUGUUACAACACAUUUAGCUGCUUUUCAUAAGACGAGAUGUAAGAGUGUAAAAGUAUAAGCACUGGAAUCUAUUUUGGCGAGAUUUUAUUUUUUACAUUAAUAUAGGGUAUCAUUUGUACGUAAAGAUCAUGUGGUGUGAUUAAACAACCAUGUUGAAAUUUCAAUGUGACGCACUUGAAUCUAAUAAAUGUUGUAUGUAAAAUCCG